UCUAACAUGUUCUUCAAAUCUACCUUUAUCUUUGUUUUCAGGUACACCAGUUCGAAGAAAUCUUGCUCACCGCAAACCAAGCGGCUUCUUUGAGACAUACUUUGUAAUAUAUUUACGUUUCAUUGAUAAAAAUUAUUAUUACCUAAAAGAAAAAAAGACACAAGAAAGUGUCCGUUUCAUCGAUGUUCCAUUCAUGAAAGUUUCAUUUUCCUGACUGCGACUAACCGUUUAACCGAUCGGGGGCAGGUACUCGCGGGGCACGAGAAGAAAGUGCCAGGCCAGCCUGUGGAAAUUAUCUUUGGUCAAUCGAAAUCAAUUUGCUCGAUGUAUUUGGAGGAUUCGGUUAGCAGAGAAGGUGACUGAUAUCGCGAUAGAGGAACGAAAGCGGAGAGCAGGGCCGUAUCUGGGGUAGGAAGAGAGGAAGCAAGUGCUAGGCAGGAGUUACGAGAAGGGGUUGCACGGGGUGAGAGAAAACCACGAGAGGGGGCGAGAGAGCGAAGGCGCUAGGGUUCAGAGGGGAAAGAAAGAGGAACGAUCGAGAAUUCUCCGGCCGAAGCGAAGCGAUGGCUCGCGCUUGCGCGUCCCGAUAGCAACGCACUGGCACGUAAUGCCAUUCGGCGGAGCCAGUUCGACGCCAAGCGCCGCGACGCUAUGACGUCACUGGUUCGCGUUUUCUAGCGAUCGUUUCUCGACGACGCCGCCAAUCGAGGAUGGACUGAUGCCCGAGAUCUUCGGACGAACCGAUCCGCUUCGCGACCGAUCUAAAUUCGAUAGAUCACCCCCCGACUCUUCGAAGAGCUUCGUCGUGGAGUACGAAGAAGUUAGCGGAAGGAAAGUCGCCGUGGAGAAAGCCCUCGAAACCUUGAGAAAAAGUCGAGGAACCGUUUUCCCGUGAAACCGCAACAGCUAGCGAGGAAAGUCGAGAGCCUCUUUGGUGCGUGCGGCACGGAACUCGGAUUUCACGGAUCGAUUCUCCGUCUCCUUUGACCUUCCGCGUGUCCAGAUCUGGAUUAAUCGAAUCACCACUUAAAGUUCGAAACGUACAGCAUCGAUUCCUGUGAUCUCGAUCGGUAAUUCGCCAGCUGAAAUCCGCGAAUCGCCAAAGAUGCGGGCCGAACGGUGAGACUCUGUUCGAAGCCCGAGAAAAAGAAUCGACCAGGGACGAGCGAUAAAGUGAUACAGUCGCUCGUGCCGAAGAAAGAGGACUCUCUCGAGAAACAUGGGCAAGAAGAAUAGCAAACUGAAGCAGGAUACCAUCGAUCGACUCAUGAGCACGACGUAUUUUACCGAGAAGGAGAUUCGGCAAUGGCACAAAGGAUUCCUGAAGGACUGCCCCGACGGCCAGCUGACGGAACAGGGUUUCAUAAAGAUCUACAAGCAGUUCUUUCCACAAGGUGAUCCCUCAAAGUUCGCCUCGCUCGUCUUCAGGGUCUUCGACGAGAACAGCGACGGCACGAUAGAAUUCGAGGAGUUCAUAAGGGCGCUAUCGGUGACGUCGCGCGGCAACUUGGACGAGAAACUCCAUUGGGCAUUUCGGCUCUACGACGUGGACAACGACGGCUUCAUCACGAGGGCGGAGAUGUACAAUAUCGUCGAGGCGAUAUACGAGAUGGUGGGUCAACAGCCACACGCGGAAGACGAGAACACGCCGCAGAAGAGGGUGGACAAGAUCUUCGAUCAAAUGGACAAAAACCACGACGACAAGCUGACCCUCGAGGAGUUCCGGGAGGGUAGCAAGGCCGACCCAAGGAUCGUGCAGGCGUUAUCACUGGGCGGGGAGUAAUGCUAAUCUCCGUCGGGGCGAAACGAUUCCCCGAUCGUUCGAAAUCGGACGAUCGUGUCGUCGCCUCGAACACUCCAGUCGUCGAAGCGAAUAGUGGAAAAUCAAUCGUUCGAACGAUAAGGAUAAGCGAAGCGAGCGACCUCGAGCCAACUCCCCCGUAACAGAAUCAUGCAGCCGGCGUACACGCAUACGUAGGUAUACACGCAUCGACGCGGCACGAGGCGACUAUUUUCGACAAUUUCUUCUCCUCUCUCCCAUCGCAGAAACGAUUUUCUUCCCGUUUGCACGAUUCUACCGAAAUUCCGUAGAUAAUCGUCGAGGGCUAUGAAUCCAAUUUAAAAAGAAAAUGCACCCCGUUGCAGGUACGUAUUCGAGUAGAUUUAGAUGUUUCAGACUCACUUCUCGAUCCUCUUACGCCAUACCGAAGAGUUCGAGAGCGUUUAAAGCAUCCGCUCUCGUAGCCGACUACAUUCCAUUUUUAAAUUGGAUCGUACCGAAAAUCGUGCGACGGUAUCCCUAGAAAGCGUACAAGUAUCGCGUAGUGGAUGUCGAGUAGCCGUUAGUUUUCUAGUUCUUUGUACUCAACCGAAUCGUCGACUAUUUUUGUACGAACGGCGAACGAAGCGAACAACGAAAAUACCAACGCAUAUUUGGCACCUAUUCCUCGAUCAAAGUUUCAUUCGGACUACAUUACUGCUGGUUAUUAACGAAACUUUUCUCGUACGCGACCGCUGCUUUCCGACGAACUUAAUCAAAUAGCUAUUUCAUCCUCAACUUUAAAAGCAAUUUUCGCGCGAUCAACGAAACGGAUCGAACUAGAGUUUCGUUGUUACAUCUAUCGUUUUUAAGUAUGGACGCGCGAGAACUCGGAAUUCGUAGAAACGGAAAAUGUCACCGUCGAAAUGUAUCGCGAGCAGGUGCGGGCAUUCGAGUAAUCGAAUCGCGAAUAAAGGCGCGAGAGAAACUGCGACGUCGAUCACAAAGAAGAAACUGUAGCUGUCGCGCGGCUUCCACGUGCACGUGCUCGGACCAAAGAAACCAGCGAAGCUGCAGUUGAAAUAAUAAUAGAAAAGAGGUAGACGAAGGCAGGUGUGGAGAGCGAACGCGUGCCGAGUACAUUGUCUGUUUAUCGAUUCCGUGCUGAGCUUACGCGUGAAACUUUUACUCGAGAACUUAUCGUAGAUCGCUGUACCGCGCUCGGUGAAAAGUUGUACGCUCGCGUGGCUACCAUUCUGCCAAUUUUCGAGCCAGCGAACAAUUGUUUCGACCGUUCUAUUUCGUGUACACGAGUCAACACUUUUAUCGCGACAGGCCAGUUACGGUUUCAUUUGCAUUUUUAUGGGAUCCGGACUAUGGUAACGCCCAUUUUCCCGUCACUUUUUUAAACCUUACUCGCGUCGCUCGAUCAUCCGUUGCGCUCGACGAUCUCCGGUUGAGAUCCCUAUCGUUGUCCGCUCGCGAUGAUUUUUACGCGGCGCGUCCGAAAUAAAAAAGCGCGUUGAAAGGGAUGGAAACGGAGGCGGGGAUGAAAGAGGACAGGAAGUGAUUAAAGCGAGAGGGAAGUGGAAAGGGUGGGCAUUUCUCCUAGCCUUUUUAACUUCCCGCGGGCCGUGACCGGGCGAAUACACAAAACCUCCGGAGAACAAAAUCCACGGAAGGAGCGGCGAACGCAGCUGAAGCGAAAUGUGGUCGAUUCAAAGUGGAAAGAGAAUACGCACGGAGCUGAAAGCGAGGCCACUCUUCGAAUACUCGAACGCUUCGGUGACUUAAAUACGUACUCGAGUACCAGAGUAUCGUUACUAGAAUAUUAUCACAAUCGAUAAUAAUAUUUCUAUUCGGCUGGAAAAGCAAGACGGUUUUUUCGCUGGCGCGCGGUAAAAGACAAUUUCUUUCGCCUUUCUUCUUCGUAUUCUCGUACUUCCCACGCCCCGUUCGCAACGAAAGCAAAUUUCGUUUCCAUUUGCGCGAUGAAACUCUUUCGCGAGAUUCGAAUUACGUGUGCGAUAGAAAGGGAAGGGCAGCGAGUCUCGCUAGGAUCUCGUAACUUUCUCGCCAAAGGAGAAGCGAAACGCUGCGAACUAAAUAUUCUUCGUGGCGGCAUGCUUCGAACGGGAACGCGGAGAGAUACGUUAUUUAACGGGUAAACUACCACUGGGAUUACGUUUUUCUCGGCGGUAUUAUGUAUUUACAGGGUCCCCGGACUUUGCGUCUUUUGAAAAAUAUAAUAGAUGGAGUUACGUUUGAAAGAAGUUCCGGUUUCCAGACGAACGCUAUCGAAUAUUUAAACACGUGUCCACGUUCACGGUCCUCGAUACAGAUAGAACGACACGGAACGAUACGUGGAAAGGUAAAGGUGGGAAGUUUAGUUUCGGUCUUGUUUCUCGAUCGACGUGUAUUCCCUUUCGAGAUUUCGUUAGCGGAAAUUGUCGAUGGCGGCUGGGCAAGUCGAACGCGGCAAAGUUGCAAGUUUCUUUGGGAAUUGCCUCUACCCUUGCCCCCCCCCCCCCCCCCCAUGGAAAAAGAUUUACACGAGGGAUGACAACGGCCAUGGUGGAACGGCGGAAAAUGAAACCGAAGUUGGUCGUUUUAGGACCCAAAGGGACGUCGAUUGAAAUACUCGUAGCUUUGCGGAUAUUCGAGCAGCAAUUCGGAGUUUUAGAGCUUAUCCCCCUCCCUCCAUUCUCCUCCUGACCUCUUCCACCCCUUUUGUGGCCGCUGUUCGCUUCGGGAAUCGUAAAAUGGCUGGCACUGUAACGGGAAAAUGUUUUUCGGUCAAUCAACGCAGGAAACCGUUUCGAAAUUUCCUUCUAAAUCAAAUUAAACGAAAUAAGGGUCGCGCAACUGUAAUUUAACGAAACGCGCCAACUGCGGAGGAGAACGUCGGAAACAUGCCGCGGCAAAUAGCAACCGCGAUUUAUGGCGAACGCAAAUAAACGACCGAAACCUGUCGUUUGGUAAAUCAACGCGUCAGUCUUUCGGGCAAUGCUCCCGUUCGCAAUUUGAAAAUUAACCGCCGACGAAAGUAAUUUCAAAUAAUAAUUCAAUGUCAAAUUAAAGCGCCUGCUUUGUGUCGUUCGGUUGAAACAAUUUAUCCAGGUUGUUAGUUGAAAAUUAAAGCAAAUAUUCGCGCGUUCCUCGUCGACGUUCGUUACAGUUUCGCGCAUCGCCGCGCGGCGUCUGUUCUUUCGGACGAGUCGAGUGUUUGCGAACGUCGCUUCCGCGUUAAAUAUAUUUUCAUUAUUUUCAUUCGCAUCCUUGCUCGUCCAAGAUUUAAUUAAUUCGUUUAAUCGCCGAUACGCGUCCUCCGAUCGCAACCACGCUUUCAACUUCGGUUCGAAAGAAUCCUGUUCGUCGAGUAGAACGAUGAAACGCACUCACCGUGGAAGGGUUAAUUAAACGACGGUAUAGACGCCUUCGGGAACAGCAAUUAAUCUUGCACACUUCCGUCCCAGAAAUACAUCUCCGAGGAAUUUCUGCCACGUCACCGAACGACAGACGCUAUGCCAGUGGUAUUGUAUUUUUUUCACAGACGUCCGAACUUCUACUUCCAAAUUAACGAGCCGUUCCUUUUACCAUCGUCAGCGUUUCGCUUCUUUCCCGAGCAAUCAAAUUUGUCUAGUUCGCUUCCUUCUACUCAAUUUUUAACCGCGCUAAGAGUCGCGGUAUUUUCUCUAAAAACCCGAUACCAUAAAUCCUUCGGGUUUUCCCCGUCCUUUUUCCGUUCACGUCUAUAAAUGGUCGCCUGAAAAUGCCUCUCCAUUAAGAAGGCUAUCGUCGGAAUGAAAGUACUCGAGUAGCAAUUUACUCUGUGCUCGUAAUAAAAAUGUCUAGGAACUUCGGAAGAGUUCGAGUAUUCGAGUCGAUAGCUCGUUUACGGUUAUCGAGGAAUCGCCGACGCCGCACGCGAAACGCUUUUCCGUGGUUACUCUACUUUUUCACGUAAUUUUUCAUCGUUAAUGAGCGAUCGUACGCAACGAUAGCGCGUGGGUGCACGCGUGGGAAUUCCUCAGAGGAAACGAGUUUAUUUCUAGCUGAAAUUUGCAUAAACGCGACCAGCCCCUGACCUUCUCGUUUUCCACCUGGCGUUACGUUCCUCUGAAACGCGUCAUAUAUUCCACCGUCUCUGCGUCGGGCAAGCUAUUCACUUUACUCGGCUUUUGUGGCACGGUUGCGUUAUGAAUCCAGCCAGCGGAAUGGAUUUUAAUAUCGGCGUCACGCCGAGGCAUUCUCUCGGCGAUCCUUCGACAUCGUUCGCUACGGACAGGAAGCUAAGGAAACGUCUACGUCGGAGAAGGAGCAGCGAAAAAUUUUCCGUAUCGAAGCUGUUGCUAUCGAAAAUACGUCAACAAUAUUUUGCCCUGCUUUAGACGUGGUUUAAUUCGCGAAGCUCGCGUUUCCUAUAGCGUACCUUGCGAUCGAUCGCGGCUCCGUUUCACGCGUAAACGAGCAGCCACCGAAAACCGGGGGUUGGUUUCUUCGCGGAAAAGUUUCCUCGGUGCGGAAAUACUCGAGCCGCUUCUAUGUAGCGUUCAUUCGGGACAUUUGGGCCGGCAGCAUCGAGAACUUUCCUCCGGAGCUGAAACUUUUCUUGAUUUAUGGUGGCAGCGCGAAGUGCUCAUUUCGAGAAAUCUCGCUGGUCUCUCGGAAUAUCGGCUCCAUCGAUCGUCCGCGCACUUUUCGUGGAUUACGUCGACGUAGCUGCGUACGUAUGGACACCGGAAAAUUAUGCGCCAUUAACCGUGCCUCUGUCUGCGUCGCCGAGAUUAAGGUCGUACCGAAAGUUCGGGGACGAAAAGACACUGGAACGGAUCGAGGGGAAUUUCUUUCGCGCGUAAUUCCUCCAGCUACUCGCGCUUCGCUUCUGCUCCGGCGAGCCAAGCUUUUUCGCUCGGAAGAUCACUGCUUCCAAGCCAACGUUCGCGUUACUUUACCCAACGGCGACUCUGCAACAUCUACGGACCUAUAUUUUACCGGAUCGAAUCGAAUAAAAUAACCAAAAUAAGAAAGGUACCCGGCACGCUCGCUUUUCUUGAAAUAUCUUUAUCCAUUAACGCAGUGCAUUACAGGAAAAUACUAAAAGUAAAAAUAGAAACUUUACGCGAGUAAACAACGUAUGCUCUGCGAUCAGUGAUGGGCAAAAUCGUAAUCGCAAAUACGAGUACGAUUGCAAUCGAAUGUUUUCGAGUUGUGAUUACGAGUACGACCGUAUAUUCUUAGGGGUUUUCAGCCAUAGAAAUUGUUUACCUCAGAACCGACAUCAGAUUCCUGUUCCUCACGUUAAAAAAAACUUAGAAAACCAUACUUCCGUCAAAAUAAAAUUUUUUUAAAAUG